AUGUCUACCAAUCGUGGUGUCUACACUGAUCCCGUUCAUAAUCUAUAUGUCGCCGAUGCAGAACCCGCAGCCGGUACUGUCUCAUCCGGUUCAUCACUCCAACCGGGCGAGGUUACCGUUGCCACCAAAAGAAGUGGUAUAUGCGGCUCCGACGUCCACUUCUGGAAGCAUGGUGGCAUCGGUCCCUGGCAAGUAGCAACCCCGCAUAUUCUGGGCCACGAAUCUGCCGGCGAAAUCGUCGCAGUCCAUCUCUCUGUAACAACACACAAAGUGGGAGAUCGCAUCGCUGUCGAACCGCAAAUUAUCUGUUUUGCCUGCAAGCCUUGUCUCACUGGUCGCUAUAACGGGUGCAAAAAACUGACGUUUCGGUCAAGUCCACUGUCACAUAGAUUGCUGCGCACCUAUGUCAACCAUCUCACCAUCUGGUGCCAUAAGAUCGGCUACCGGUUGUCCUAUGAUGGGGGAGCGCUACUGGAGCUGCUGAGUGUGGCGCUGACGGGCGUGACGAGGGCAGGAGUAAUGAUUGGCGAUCCGGUGGUUGUUUGUGGUGCUGGACCUAUCGGCUUGAUUACGCUUCAGGUUUGUCGGGUUGCGGGGGCAUGGCUGAUUGUUAUAAUAGAUAUCAAUGAGACAAGGCUGAAAUUUGCCGAGAAAUAUGUUCCUGGGGUUAGGGCUUGUUUGGUACGACGGGACCAGAGUCCGGAGGACAGUGCUGAGCAGGUAAAUGGAUUGAUGGGUGAGGGGGUUGAAGCUGCCACCGCCUUGGAAUGUACCGGAAUGGAGUCUAGCUUAGCCACGGCAGUACAUAGUGUCAAGUUCGGUGGAAAGGCAUUUGUAAUCGGGGUAGGCAAGGAUAAACUGGAGAUCCCCUUUAUGAGGAUGAGGGCUCGCGAGAUCGAACUAAAAUUUCAGCAGAGGUAUGUCAAUAUGUGGCCGAGGGCUAUUCGGGUUCUGGAGAGCGACAUGGUUGACCCGAAGAAGCUGGCGACCCAUGAAUUCUGCUUAGAAGACGCUGUCGAUGCGUUUCUGGCGGCCGCUGAUCCAAAACAUGGCGCUAUAAAGGUGCUCAUUCGGUCCGAGUAA